AUGGCAACUACUCGUCCAUCAUCGUCUAAUACUACUACUUCUUCAGCUAUAGUUAUUCAUCAAUUAGCUGAAUUACUACGUACAAAUGGACAUAGAGUUUUACAUGGAGAUAGUAAAGUGUGUUUUACAUCGGAUUCACUUACUCUAUUAAAUAAUUAUUUUCAUUCGGCUAAACUUAAUAUAACAUUAUCGUUAGUAAAUGGUCAUCCAAGAACAAAUUCAUUACCACCAUUACCACCAUUACCAACUGUUCAACAUUUAACAAUUAAUACGAAACUUCGAGAAGAUUUAGUAUUUUUACAUGAUUUUUUACAAAAAAUACAAGUCGUUAAAUUAAUUCAUAAUUCACCAACUCUUCAAGGAAAUGUUCUUCUAUAUCCAUUUCAACAGGUUGUUUGUCUUGAAUUAAAAAAGAUUCCACCACAUAUGGUACUCGGUUUAUCUUUACUUCGUCAUCAACUUGAAACAUUAAUAUGUUCUCAAUCUGUAACAAAAAUUGAAGAUUUAAUAAAUGAUUGUGGUGGAGAUUCAACACAACCUCAAGCAUGGCCACGACUUAAAUCACUUUUUCUUGCUCAUAAUUUUAUUGAAUGUCUUGAUCAAUCAUUAAAACAUUUAGUUGCACUUGAAGUACUUGAUUUAAGUCAUAAUCGAUUACAAGAUUGUUCAAAGAUAUUAGAUAUAAUACCUGAUGUGAAACAUUUAAAUCUAUCAUCUAAUCAUUUACGUACUAUACCAAUAUGGUUAGAAACAAAAGGUUCAUGUCGAUUAUUAACACUUAAAAUACGUCAAAAUUCUAUUGAAGACAUAGCUGGUGUUGAAUUUAUGAAAUCAAUUGAAGAAUUAGAUUUAAGUGAUAAUUUUAUAACACGUAUACCUGAACAAAUUCAACAUAUGCCAAUGAUAAAACGACUCUACUUUGCACGUAAUCCAUUUACAUAUGCAUCAAAUUAUCGACAAAAUAUUAUAUAUAAUUUACCAUUUAUAUUUUCACAAGAAACUCGAGAACUUAUGAUUGAUAAUGAACAACUUACAACAAAAGAGAAACAAAGAAUUCCACGAAAACGUAAUCCUCCAUCAAAUCGUGCUCAAGGUUUUAGAUUUAAUACACCAAUAUUAUCAUCAUCACAAAAUACAACAACAAGUGAAUCAACAACAGAACCAGAAUCUGUUGUAACAAAUUCAUCCGGAACAAUUGUUUCUCGACGUCGAUCUCGUCGAAAACUUCGAGAUGGACAUUUAAAAUCACUUGAUAAUGAUGAAACACCAACAGAACAUGCUACAUCCGGUUCAGAAAAUGAAUCAGCUGUACAGAGACGUCAUUUGGGAAAACUAGUUGAAUCACGUCAUGAAGUUGAACAUAAUUAUCUUACAUCACAAUUAUCAUUACCUGUCGAAAAUACUUAUACAACAGCAAUAGUUGAACAUGAUGAUACGAUGUUAAAAUCACCACCAUCAACAUCUAUUGCAAGUAGUAUUCCACGUAAAUUAGCAAAUGAUUUAUCAAAAUCUCCAAAACGACGAAAAAGUCCUCGUUCUCGUAAAUCAGAUCAACCAACAAAAAUUAUCUUAGAAGUUGUUGAUUUUCAAAAUACACUAUCGGAUGCAACACCAAUACCAGAUUCAUCACCAUCAGAAAAAGAAAUUUCAUUUAAUGCAAAAUAUUCAACAACAAUUAUACCUAAACAUGAAAUAGAAUUAAUUACUAAUGAAGAAAAUAAUACUGGCGGUAUAGAAAUAAUUUUUUUUUUUUUAAUUUAUUUUAAUGAAUAUACUACAUGUUUAUAUUCAUUUAGUUGUUCAGAUAGUAUACGAACAAUAUUUUUUGUUACUGAUCAAACAUUCGAGAAUAAUAAUCGUUCAUUUACAAUUGAAAUUGAUCGAAUGUAUUUAAUUGAAAAAGAUAAUAAUGAUAAAUAUUAUAUAGAAAAACUUAAAUAUUCAACAAUUAAACUUUUAACUAAUAAUGAAAGUAUUCAAAAAACUGUUGAAUUUACAUUUGAAAAACGAAGAGGUGAAGUUGAACGAAGAAUAUAUUUAUUUGAUACAAUACACGAUCAAAAAGCAUUUGUUGAAGAAAUUGAACGGCAUCUUGAAUUACCUAUGUCAGCUGAUAUAAAAACUACUUCAUCAUCAUUAGUUGAGUGUACAAAAUGUGGCCGAAGCUUUCCUGAAUUCACCACAAUGAACAAUGCUGAAAAUACAUCAUCUUAUGUUUGUUCAAAUUGUCAAACUACAGCAAUAACAUUACCACCUGUAUUUGAAGAUGAAACACAAUCAAAAAUAUCUAUUGACAUAUCGUCGGAUGCAGUUGAACUUGAUCAUCGUUUACAUUUUCAUUUAGCUACAGAACAUUUUACACAUAAUAAUGAACAAAUAAAACUACAUUUUAAAUGUUUUGUUGUUCGUUCAACAACAAGUAAAUAUUUUAUUGCUCAAACUGUUCUAACAGAUUAUGGUAUUUAUAUAUUUCAAUAUGAAGCACCAAAUAAUGAUAUAGAAUCCGAAUAUAUUCUUGUUGGUAAAGAUCUUUUAACAAAUGUACUUAUGCUUGAUAUUGGUUAUCGUUUACAAACAUUUACAAUUGAAUUACAAUCAGCUGCAUUUGCUUUUAUUCUUGCUGAUCAACAAAAAACACAAAAAAUUAUUAAUCAUAUUCUAGAAGUUCUUUCACCUAUUGUUCAAAGUGGUGAAGGUGCAUUACAAAAGAUUAGUCGUAUUAGUUCAGAUGAAUAUCGACAACGUUUAUUUGACAUUAUUAAAAUUGAAUGUAAUAUCAAUGAACCAAAUGAUGAUAUGAUUGAUUUUUAUUCAACUAUGAUUCGAAUGGAUCAAACUGGUAAUAGUCAAAUGAUUGCUUUAUUACUUCUACAAAAUUGGAUAUUAAUGAUUGAAGAUGCAUAUGCAACAAUUGAUUCACGUCAUGUUCGUUUACCUGCUCAAUUAACAUCAGAAUCAGGUACAAAUCAACAAUUAAAAUGUGAUCUUAUGCAUUUAGUUAAUGUGACCAAUUAUUUAAAUCAUCAAAAAUUAUUAGUUUUUGAUUUUGUUGAUGAAUCAGAAACAAAACAAUUUCGAUGGAAAUUAGAAAGUAUAACAAAUGAAAGUAAAAAUGAAUUUUUAAGAAAAGUUCGAGAUACUUAUAAAAAAUUUAUGGGUAUUCCUAUACCAGAAAAAUUGGAAAUGCUAUAA